AUGUGUGAUGAAAGUGAACCAUCUAUUGGGGGUCGUCCCAUCUCGGAGAUGAAAGUGGUGGAGUUAAAAGAGGAGUUAGGAAAGCGGGGAUUAUCAAAAAUUGGCAACAAAAAUGUCCUUCAUGAACGGCUGAAAGAGUAUUUGGUGACGGAGGUAAGUGCGAAGUGUGAAAACGAGGUACAGUCAACAGCUAUAGAAAGUCCACAAAGAGAUAUGACUUCACCGCCGAACCCACUGGUUGCGGAAUAUUUAGCUAAACAGCAGACCGCUUUACGUGAAGCACGCAAAGAUGCAGAAGCAGUGCGGAGAGCUUCGUCAGGAGAUGAUGCAUCGCCAAUACGUGAGAAGUCAAUUUCUGGUAUACGUCGCUCUCGACGUGGACGUAGUACAGCUACUGUUGUUGAGAAACCUGCAGAAUCUGUGGUAACCAGCGAAACUGAACAGGACCCGAUGGAAGCGGACAGUUUCCAGGAGAGUAUGGAAAUGCAGUCUAAAAGGCAUAACCUAGAGGAAACUGAGAAUGAUAUCAGUACUCCACUUGAAGUUUUAAAAAAGGAAACAAACGUCAAUGUCGAUCUUAUGUCGACAGCUAUGGAGAUAAAGACAACGGAAGAAAGCGAACGGACUGAAACAGAAUAUGAUGAAACGAGACUGAUCAGCGAUCAUUCGGUUGAUUUGGAAGAGAAAUGGCCAGUCAGUGCUAAUGUUGUUAGUGAAGGACACGAAGUACAAGAGAAACAUGAAGACAAAGAUGAAGAAGAGGAUGCGGUUUCAGAUGUGGCUAGCAGUGAUACUGGCACAUCAAACCAGAGUCAAAGUGAAGCAGCAGAUGAAUCAAGUGCAUCUUGGGAGCAAAUGCCCGUAGAUCUGGAAGAAUUGUCGAACCAAGGAGUGGUAGAGGCGGUUGACACAAAAGCAGAGAAAAAACGUCGUUGGAAACCAUCUGAAACAGCAUCCUCUACAAACAAUGUCAUCACGAUUUCAGUCGUAAAACAUAAGGAAGAAGAAAUCGAAAUAGAUGAACAAGAAGAUAUGCCCGACACUCAUACUUCCGCUAUAUCUGAUUUCAAAGAAGAGCUGUCUGAUACAAAAGAUAGAAUGGAAGAGCUGGAUUACGAAGAACCUGUGCAAAGUUCAGUUGCCGAAGUAGCUGAGGAAGUUAAAGCUGCUGAGGAAAUAUCUGAAAGACGCAAAGAGAGAAUAUUUGAAAGAGUUGAUAGGCAUGCGAAACGCUCAGGGCCAUCAUCUGUAUCCAAGCGUUCACCUUCUUCGGAGAAACAACUAGAAAGUCAUACAACAGUGGAUGGUUUUGUACGUGAACGAAGAGUAUCACCAGCGCGAUAUCCAGUUAAUCAGGUGAUUAUGAUAAGACAGCUUACUCGUCCUUACACAGUUAAACAGCUACAGCAGCUACUUUCAACUUUCGGUACGGUAGUUGAAGGAGGUUUCUGGAUCGAUAAUAUUAAAUCCACAUGCAUUGCAAAAUACUCAACUGUGGAAGAAGCUGUUGUGGCCCGAGGACGCCUACAUAAUGUUGUAUGGCCACCUUGCAGUCCAAAAACUUUAAAAAUAGAUUAUUCAGAUGAUGCAAAUCUUACUAAACAUCUUCUUGCCGAUCAUUCACAAAGUGAAGAAACAACAAAAGGAAACACAGAAACAGCAAAGUCACCUUCAGGAAACUCAGCUCCGACUCUUCGUGUAUCAUUGUCUGUUGACGAAAAGCGUAGACAUGUGCUACCAACCAAUCAGGAUGAGUUAUCGAAGGAUUUGGAUAAAAAAGAACGAGAAGGUCGUGGACACUCACAUCGAGGACGGAAACGAUCAGCGUCACCAAUAGGACAUUCGGAAGCUAAACGGCCGCGUGAACAAAGAUCGCCAUGGAGGAAUGAACGUCGACGUGUUACUGCUUCACCUGAACCAAAACCGAAAGAGCCGGAGAAGCGUGUUAAAACGGCGGACGAAUUAUUUUUGAAGACAAAAACUCAGCCGGCUGUCUAUUAUCUACCGCUCAGUGAAGAACAGAUUACUGAACGGAUCAAACGGAAAGCUGCAGAAGCAGAAUUGGCCAAGAAAGUUGCCCAAAAUGGGACUAUGAAGAGGAAGGAGAAAGAUGAGCCAUCGAAAGAAAAAACUAAUGCGAGCAAACGUGUCAGUGCUAGAUCUCCACCGUCACGUCGACGCUCACGCACCCCACCAUCCCGUCGGCGAUCACAUACUCCUGGGGGGCAACGUGAUCGGCGACAUUCCAGAUCCCGAUCACCACGCCGCCGUCGUUAG